AUGGAUGAUCUUUACGAUGAGUUUGGCAAUUACAUUGGGGAGCCUGCGGACUCGGAUGAGGAUGACCAGCAUGAAGAGCUCAAGCAACAGGCUUUCGCUUUCGACGAGGCUUUUGGGGAGGAUGAGGAAGAAGAUAACACAACUGAGCAUCAAUUGAUGGAGGUUGAUGAGGGUCCCUCCAACGCGGUUGUCCUACAUGAAGAUAAACAAUACUACCCGAGCGCGCAACAAGUGUACGGUCCCAACGUGGAAACUUUAGUCCAGGAGGAAGAUUCACAGCCGCUCUCGCAACCUAUAAUUGCACCCGUCCAGCAGAAGAAGUUCGCCAUUGAAGAGGCUGAGCUGCCGCCCGUUCAUUUCUCCCGGCAAUUCAUGACGGAUUUGCUUCAAUUUCCAGAGCAAGUCAGGAAUGUCGCAAUCGUCGGCCACCUACAUCAUGGAAAGACAUCCUUUAUGGACAUGCUUGUCACGCAAACGCAUGAUCUGACAGAACGUCUGGAGAAGCGGGUAGGCAGACGGAAGGAGGAACAGCUCCGAUACACUGACGUCCAUUUUCUGGAACGAGAGAGGGGCCUUUCGAUCAAAUCGGCCCCCAUGACAUUAGUGCUUCAGGGCACCAAGGGGAAGUCUCAUCUCUUCAACAUCCUUGACACUCCGGGGCAUGUGAACUUUGUGGACGAGGUUGCUGCAUCGUCUCGACUCGCUGACGGUGUGGUGCUGGUCGUUGAUGUUGUUGAAGGUGUGCAGGCCAAUACGGAACAGAUCAUCAAACAUGCCGUGCUGGAAGGCCUCCCCAUGACGAUGGUUGUGAACAAGAUGGAUCGACUAAUUCUGGAGCUGAAAAUACCACCAAAUGACGCUUACUUCAAAUUGAAACAUGUGAUUGAGGAGGUGAACACAAUCAUUGAGAAAGUUCUACCUGGGCAAGGGCAAAAGAAUCGGCUCAGCCCCGAGAAAGGGAAUGUUGCCUUCGCGUGCGCCUCUAUGGGGUGGUGUUUUACCCUCCAAUCAUUUGCUAAAAUGUAUGCUGAGACUUACCCACAAGUUGAAACAUCUGACUUUGCUAUGCGCCUCUGGGGAGAUAUCUUCUUCAAUCCGAACAGUCGCAAAUUCACGCGAAGAGGAGUGGAAGAGAAAUCCAAACGGACUUUCGUUAAAUUCGUUCUGGAGCCUAUCUACAAACUCUAUUCCCACACAAUAAGUGAAAGUCCGGAGGAUUUGAAAGAGACCCUUGCCAGCGUGGGUAUCAAUCUGAAACCGUCGCAACUCAAGUCGGAUGCAAGGGUGCUAUUGAACUUGGUUUGUCGAGAGUUUUUUGGUCCGGCCACCGGCUUUGUGGAUAUGCUCGUACGGCAUAUUCCCUCCCCAGUAGAAGGAGCUCAAAGGCAACUCGACAGAUACUAUACCGGUCCACUGGAUACAAAAGCUGCGGCCGCCAUGAAAGCAUGUGACGCAGACGGCCCCCUAAUUGUCCAUGUCACUAAACUUUUCGCCAGCACGGAUGCCUCGACCUUCCAUGCUCUUGGCAGGGUCAUGAGUGGUACAGCUCAGCCUGGUCAGCAAGUUCGGGUGCUGGGCGAGGGCUAUACUCCUGAAGAUGAGGAGGAUAUGGUAACUGCAACCAUCUCAGAUACAUGGAUUGCUGAAACCUGCUAUAACAUUCCAACCAGCGGUGUUUCUGCUGGAAACCUAGUUCUACUGGGUGGUGUGGAGAACUCCAUUGUGAAGACAGCCACUAUCGUCCCUAUCAAGUUUGAGGACGAUGAAGAAGCACAUAUCUUCCGGCCAAUCCGUCAUAUGACGGAAUCUGUCUUCAAGGUCGCAGUAGAGCCGGUCAAUCCAUCGGAGCUUCCGAAAAUGCUUGACGGCCUACGCAAGGUUAACAAAAGCUACCCACUCAUUUCAACCAAGGUAGAAGAGUCUGGUGAGCAUGUGGUGCUGGGAACAGGAGAGCUCUACAUGGACUGCGUACUACACGAUCUCCGAAGACUAUAUUCGGAGAUGGAAAUCAAAGUAUCUGAUCCUGUCACUCGUUUCUGCGAAACUGUUGUGGAGACCUCUGCCAUAAUGUGCUAUUCCAUCACGCCGAAUAAGAAAAACAAGAUUACCAUGAUCGCUGAGCCCUUGGAUGAUGGAAUCGCUGAAGAUAUUGAAAGCGGCAAAGUCAGCAUCAAGGAUCCAAUUCGCAAAGUGGCGAAAUUCUUUGAAGAGCGGUACGACUGGGACAAGCUUGCGGCCAGAAGUAUCUGGGCUUUUGGCCCAGAUGAAAUGGGCCCGAACAUUCUACAAGACGACACACUACCAUCGCAAGUCGACAAGAAACUACUUGGGAGCGUUAGAGACUCUAUCACGCAAGGCUUCAGCUGGGGGACUCGGGAGGGUCCUCUUUGUGAGGAACCGAUUCGGAAUACAAAGUUCAGACUCACGGACGUGACGCUAGCAGACCAAGCCAUUUAUAGAGGCGGUGGCCAGAUAAUUCCCACAACCCGACGUGCCAUUUAUUCAUCCUUCCUCAUGGCAUCUCCUCGCUUGAUGGAACCUAUUUAUUCGUGCACCAUGACAGGACCUGCAGACGCUGUUGCUUCGGUAUAUACAGUACUUUCACGCAGGAGAGGUCAUGUCCUUUCAGAUGGGCCAAUCGCCGGGACGCCGCUAUACACGGUGCGCGGUCUGAUUCCAGUCAUAGACUCUUUUGGAUUUGAGACGGAUCUCAGGAUCCACACCCAAGGCCAAGCCGCGGUCAGCCUCGUCUUCGACAAAUGGAAUGUUGUCCCAGGUGACCCGCUAGACCGCGAAGUCAAAAUAAAGCCACUCGAGAUGGCACCUGCCAUGGCGACGGCCCGAGAUUUUGUGCUGAAAACAAGAAGGCGAAAAGGCUUGGCGGAGGACGUCACAAUCAGUAAAUUCUUGGAACCAGAAUUGUGGAAAGGUUUGAAGGAGAGUGGCGUCUUGGACUCUUGA